AUGCCCCCUGCAACAACAACACCCGACGUCCAGGAAGACACCACGCAAUUCCUCUCCUCGACCGCCGACAAGCUCUUUGCCUCCCUACGCAUCAAUGACACCCCUCCGCAGCUGCCCAAGCACGACAUUGCCCCCCCGCGCCUCACCGCACUAACACCAGUCACGAGCCGCCCGGGAAGUCCGUACAUGCAGCAGCCACCCGUCGACUACGAUGGCCUCUCGUGGCCGAGUGUUGGUGCCAAAAAGCGCCUCGAAGCAACCCCCGAAGAGAAGGCUGAGCGCCUUGAAAAGCUCUCCGGCGCGAUCCGCACCCUCCUCGAAUGCAUCGGCGAAGACCCAACCCGCGAAGGCCUCCUCGAGACACCAGCCCGCUACGCAAAGGCAAUGCUGCACUUCACCAAGGGCUACGAGGAGAACCUGCACACAAUCAUCAACAACGCCGUCUUCACCGAGGACCACGACGAGCUCGUCAUCGUCAAGGACAUUGAGAUCUUCAGCAUGUGCGAGCACCACCUCGUCCCCUUCACGGGCCGCAUGCACAUUGGAUACAUCCCCUCCCGCAAGGUCCUGGGGCUCAGCAAGUUUGCGCGGAUCGCCGAGAUGUUUGCGCGCAGGCUGCAGCUGCAGGAGAGGCUGACAAAGCAGGUGGCGAUGGCGGUGGAGGAGAUUCUGAGGCCCCAGGGCGUGGCAGUGGUGAUGGAGAGUAGCCAUUUGUGUAUGGUCAUGAGGGGCGUGGAGAAGACGUCGGCGACGACGGUGACGAGUUGUAUGACGGGCAUCUUUAGGAGGAGUACGAGGACGAGGGAGGAGUUUAUGCAUUUGGUGGGCAGUCGCAGGUAG